GAACGAAUUUCUAAUUAAUAUUCGCGCUGUUGUUACGUGUUAACUGUGCUGUGUGGAGAUUUUAUCAACUUUAUAAAGUGCUACAGAUUGAAUUUGGAUAGUGUAUAGUGAUACAAGAGUUAGGUUACUGUGUUGGGUGCUAACGUUUGUGAAGGGUGGCUCCGGCUAAGCCGGAGCGGCUAGAAGCGUGUGGAGCGCAUGCAGAGGGAGCGGUGAGAGCACGCCCGGCUGGGGAGUCGGGGCGGCCGGCGUACAAGGAACGAGAACUACUGCCGACAUGGGGUGCGCCCAGUCGGCGGAAGAACGCGCGGCGGCCGCUCGCAGCCGACAGAUCGAAAGGAACCUGAAAGAAGAUGGGAUUCAGGCUUCUAAAGAUAUCAAAUUAUUACUGCUAGGUGCUGGCGAGUCGGGCAAGAGUACUAUAGUCAAACAAAUGAAAAUUAUUCACGAAAGUGGCUUUACGAAUGAAGACUUCAAACAGUACCGGCCUGUGGUGUACAGCAACACGAUCCAGUCACUCGUCGCCAUCUUGCGCGCCAUGCCCAACCUGGGUAUCACUUAUGGGAAUAAGGACCGUGAGAGCGAUGGAAAGAUGGUGUUCGACGUGAUCCAACGGAUGGAGGACACGGAGCCGUUCAGUGAGGAACUGCUUGCGGCGAUGAAGAGGCUGUGGGCGGACUCUGGUGUGCAAGAGUGUUUCGGCCGCUCUAACGAGUACCAGCUCAACGAUUCCGCCAAAUAUUUCCUGGACGACCUGGAUCGGUUAGGUGCUAGAGAUUACCAGCCCACCGAACAAGAUAUUUUAAGAACUAGAGUCAAAACCACUGGCAUUGUCGAAGUGCACUUCUCCUUCAAAAACCUUAAUUUCAAAUUGUUCGACGUUGGCGGACAGCGGUCUGAGAGAAAGAAAUGGAUCCACUGCUUCGAGGAUGUGACCGCGAUCAUAUUCUGCGUCGCCAUGUCCGAGUACGACCAAGUGUUGCACGAGGAUGAAACAACGAAUCGCAUGCAGGAGAGUCUAAAGCUUUUCGACUCUAUCUGCAACAAUAAGUGGUUUACGGACACCAGUAUCAUUUUGUUCCUCAAUAAGAAGGAUCUUUUUGAGGAGAAGAUACGCAAAUCACCGCUCACCAUCUGCUUUCCUGAAUACACAGGCGCGCAAGAGUACGGCGAGGCGGCCGCUUACAUCCAGGCACAGUUCGAAGCUAAGAACAAGUCUACCACCAAGGAGAUAUACUGCCACAUGACCUGCGCCACCGAUACAAAUAACAUACAGUUCGUGUUCGACGCCGUCACUGACGUCAUCAUCGCCAACAACCUGCGCGGCUGCGGCCUCUACUAGACCAUCCCCACCACACCC